CUUCAGGGAACAAUCUCGACAUCUUUUAAUAAAAUGAGACCGUAUUUACUUAUUUCCGCUUUCGUUGUAAUUGCCAUUGCCAAUGCACAGUUGCUACCCAAUUUCGUUCCCGCAUUCCCAGAUAAUCCCCUAGACGGGAAACCCUGGACCGGACCAAUUGCUGACCAUAAAUUAGGUGUACACCCAAGUGACACUCCAGAGGUAGCCGCAGCUAAAGCUCAGCAUUUUAAUGUUUAUAACGCAGUCCUUAAAACUUUACCCAUACUACCUCCAGAAGAAACCAAAGUGAACGUAAACAUUCCUGUUCCAAUUCCAACUGCUCAUAUCCCACAACAUUUAAUACCGGUUGUUCCAGAAUAUCAACCACAAGUACAUCACCCUCAACCUCUAGCAUUCCCAACUCCUUCCAGCUUAUUUAGGAUCCCAGAAUCUAUUAAUAAAAAAAUUGAUGUAUUUGCCGAAGAAAUUCCCAGGAGUGAGUUUGGUGAAGUACCAGAAGUAGCUGCAGCCAGGGCCACUCAUCUGAAGGCAUUUGAAGAAGCUAAAAGAAUUGCUGCUAAACCUAUAGAGCACCUAGUACAGCCCCAAAACCAUCGAUGA